CCUUCUUCAUGCUUCAAUUGAUCUACAGUACUAACUCGUUGUUUCUGCUUUUACAACAUGUUCUUCAGCUUCUUUUCACUGGUCUUUUACUUGCUUCUCUCAAAAACGCUUGCUCUCUCUGCUCACGGUAUGGCCCGUUGUCAAUUUACUUCCCCUGAUGGCCAUGAUGCUGUUUUCCUGGAGCAAGUUUACAUAAACAAGCUGUUAAUGGGUCAGUACAACAGCACUACAGGAAAACUUGUUGGCUACACAGAAAGAAUGAAGGAACUUGCCGAUGACUUCAACAAAGACAAACAUUUUCUGGAUCAGCAAAAAAGAAAUGAAGAAAGGUAUAAAUCAGUCAUCCCAACUCUAUUUCAGGAGGCGCUGAAAUCUUUGAAGUUCAUCAAGCUUUACAUCAGGCUGACUUCAGUAAAAGACCCAGGGAGUGAACAUCCAGCCAUGUUAAGAUGCAGCGUCUACAACUUUUAUCCCAAACAAAUCAGAGUGACAUGGCUGAGGAACGAGAAAGAAGUGACAUCUGAUGUCACAUCCACUGAGGAGUUGUCCAAUGGGAACUGGCUUUACCAGAUACACUCCUACCUAGAGUACACACCCACAUUUGGAGAGAAGAUCACUUGUAUGGUGGAGCACAUCAGCCUCAUGGAGCCCAUACGUAAGAACUGGGAACCCUUGUCUGAGUCUGACUGGAAUAAGAUCUCAAUUGGAACAGCGGGGCUGCUGUUUGGUCUGGGCUUUACAACUGUUGGCCUCAUUUACUACAUGAAGAACACAAGAGGUCGACUGUUGGUGCCCACAGGUUGAGGCGUCCUGCAAUUGAGUUGUCAGCUUAUUAUUUAAUCAUAUGUUAAUCAUCCGCGUGUCUGUUUGUUUGUGAUAAUGUUUGCUUCAGAACUCAGCUGCAAAAAAGAGCUAGAGAGAUCCAACUCAGCAGUAAAGUUGACCACGGUGCACUCUGGUCAGUCAUAUAUGAGGUUAAAAAGUCAAAGUUUAAGGUCACAGGAUCAAGUAGUUUAAACAGCCUACUAUGCAGGUAUAAUAUGCAACUGUAAUAAAUUCAACAUACUUGUUCAUUUAAAUGUUGUUAUGUGUUUCUGUUUAUAAGGAGGUCAAUAUAUAUUGUGUGUGAUAUUGUAUUACUAAUAAUAUAUCUUAAUAAUAUAUCUUAAAUAAAGGGAAGUUGAGUCACAUUUUGGAGGUCUUUAGGGUCUUUGAGUGCAGUCCAGUUUAUGUAUAAUCUCAUAUUCAACUUCAACUUGAAAAUUUAACUUCACUUUGUCAUGAACAUCAGGUCUAAUGAAAUGAGAUCACACAUGAGGUGUGUGUAUCCAGGGACAAAACACACAGCAAAUUGUGACAAUACAUCUGAAACCAUCAUGUAGACUAUCUAACAAUCUAGAUAAUUUUCCACUUGACAAGGUGGUGAAGGAGGACAGUGCGCUGGGAUUCCCAUGUAUAAAGUAUGUAAAUAGAUUCAACAAAAGAUACACAACUAUCCACAACAAACUGUUCAUUGUCAUGUUAUGCCCUGUACCAACACAUGACCCAAGUGUUCAAGACCAGUGUUUAAACAAAACUGUG